UGUUUUUUUUUUUUUGCAUUUGACAGUAUUUGUGCAUUUGUAUGCGGUCAGUGCCUCUGCUUGCUGUUUGUAAGCAAUUUAUUCCCAGAAAAUAGAUAAAUCUGGAUCUGCUUAACGGUAGGAGCACAUCCCAGAUGAGACUGCAGGGGCAGUGGCUGAAAAGUGAAAGUAGAAAAGAGUUGGAGGACUGAACCCUCCUUUCUUUUCCAUAUCCAGGUCCACCCCUUUCUGCUUACUGCUUUACUGUUAUUCCCAUUUCCUCCUCUUCUUUUCAGGAGAGAGAAUAUUGAACUUAGAAAGACGGACAUUUCCGUAGUCAUGGCACUCUUUUCUUCCCUGACCCCAAUCUUUAUAGCCAUUAUAUGUGUUUUGAUUGCGGCAAUACUGAAGAAGAAUAAUGGAGAUACAGAAAAACGUGAGACAAAAAGCAAGCCUCUAUCUCGCCCAUGGGUGGAUGAAGACCUAAAAGACAGUACUGACCACCAGUUAGAGGAAGAAGAGGUUGAUGAAGAGUGGCAAGGAUUUGAUGAAAACAUUGCCCAUAUCCCCUUCUUCGCUGAGCGCUACUCUGAGGCUGAAAUGAUUAAAAGGUCACAAGAGUUUUACAAACUUCUUAAUAAGAGGAGGUCUGUCAGGUUGCUCAGUGAUGAGCCAGUCCCCAGGGAGGUUAUCGAUAAUGUCAUCAGAACAGCAGGUACUUCACCCAGCGGAGCGCACACUGAACCCUGGACCUUUGUGGUAGUGCAAGAUCCAGUUUUAAAACAUAAGAUUCGGGAGAUUGUGGAAGAAGAAGAAGAAAUAAACUACAAAAAAAGGAUGGGAGACAGAUGGGUUAAUGACCUGAAAAGACUGAGAACCAACUGGAUCAAAGAGUACCUGGACGCUGCUCCUUAUCUGAUCCUCAUUUUCAAGCAGGUAUAUGGGAGACUUCCAAAUGGCAAAAAGAAGACCCAUUACUACAAUGAAAUUAGCGUUUCUAUUGCCUGUGGUAUCCUGCUUGCCGCACUGCAGAAUGCAGGCCUAUACACAGUGACCUCCACACCGCUGAACUGUGGCCCGCACCUGCGGGCGCUGCUCCAGCGCCCAGCUAACGAGAAGCUUCUCUUGCUGCUCCCUGUCGGCUAUCCCAAGAAAGACGCCACUGUGCCUGCACUGACCCGAAAGCCACUGGAAGACAUCAUGGUGGUCAUGUGAGCCUUGUGCCACGAGGAAGGAGCCCACUCUAGCGCCAGCUAAUGCUAGCCUAGCUGAUUGUUCCAGGGGACAUGUACAAUGGCAUUUAAAUGACCUUCACCACCCGAUUUUUCUUCUGCGCUUUAUGGGACAGACGUCUCCUUGAACUGGAAUGUAUCUUCUCCUGAUAUUUUUGUGAUUACCAUUACACAGUUAAUGUGUAAUUCAGAAUUUCAGUGGGGGUUGUAUUAAAAGAUAUAAGGAGACUUAAGCAGCUCAGCUGUCUUACAUUGCUCAGUGUGUGUUGUUCAAAUGCCCCUUCCUCUGUACUGUGUUCCGUUUUGCAUAGGAGGAAGAUAUUUUUCUCAUAUAGGGUAGUAUUUUCCCUACGUGACUGAGCUCAAAAGCCUCGCCUACACCGGACUUUUCUAAACUAUUGCUGGUACAAGUCUUCUCAGCUACGGGAGACCUAGUAUAAAAAAGGCAUCCAAGUAAUUUCCUUGUCAUUUAUACACGUUCCCGGCACAUGUAGAUCACACAACAUCUAUCGGCUAGGCCCCCUGUAUUAGCUGCUUCCGCUGGAGGGGACCUAGAGUGAACUGCAAUACUGAUUACGUUAACAACAACAUUACCAACUACAACUAUACCACUUUUAAAGUCCGAAAUUUAAACUGCUUUAGAGACUCUGAUUCAAAAAUGGUGCUUUUAUGUCAUGCCAAAUCAGGCAUAUUUUGGUUUAUUUUAAGACCAUUUUUCAUAAAAGCAACAAAAGGCCUUGUCUACAGGCAAGGUUUGAAUUGACAUCACUCAGAGCGUCUGGGCUGGAAGAGUUUGUGUUACUAAGAUCCAUGUUGGCAGAGCCCCCUUGUGGAGUUGUGGUUUCUACCUCUUUCUUGAAGAGCAGAAGAUAAAAGUGAAAAGAAGAAAGAGUGAAGUGCUCUCCUGGAGGUGGCUAGGCUGCUGUACGCCUUCACUGCCUGCUCUCUGCUGCUUGUAACUCUUCUGAAAGGCUUCAGCCGUAUCAGCUGCAGCCCCCCUUGUCGACUGCUCACGAUAACUCACAUUUCUCUGAAAUGAGUUAGGGCAUAUUUAACACGAUCUGUUGUCAGCUAAGCAAGCGGUGGGGAUAAUACUUGGAACAGGUACAGCUUUUUGCAGUGUGAAUGUCUGUCUGUCACCUAAUGUGAAAAACUAUUUUUCUCUCUGGCAGACUGUUUUGCUGGUAUUUAGCAGGCAGGCUAUGUAUCCAUCUGCUCUACUAGCCCUAUUUCCCUAAUCCUUCCCACAUGCUCAGUAGUAUAGCAAAGGCAGGAAGAUUCUCAUGCAAACCUAACCUGAAAUGAGCUUUGUAACAGUACAGUAAAACCAAAAAGAAGACCUGUGUAAACAGACUUUCAGUUUGCAUUCAACUGAUUUCAACAAAACUAGAAUUUGAAAUAAGCACUCGGAGAAGGGUUUGGAUUAGCUUAAUUAAACCCAUGCAGUUUAAACCCGCA